CUAUCGUGGAAGUGAUAUUUUCCUCGUUUCCCAGAGUUAAAAGUUAUUCAUUUUUCCAUGUUUCGAAUGUCAAAAAUUUCAUGGUCCAAACGUAACGAGGGAUCGUACAAAAAUAAUUCACUUUAUUGAUUUUCAUACUUGGCAAAUCAGCGAUGAGCGCGCAAACGAAACUUCAUGAAAAAAUGUCCAAGAGGAGAGAAUGCAUAUCUAUACACAUUGGACAGGCAGGCGUUCAGAUGGGGAACGCCUGCUGGGAACUGUACUGUCUGGAGCAUGGCAUUCAUCCAGAUGGUCAAAUGCCGAGCGACCUUACACCUGAUUACGAGGAUGAUUCCUUCAACACGUUCUUCGAGGAAACUGGCUCGGGAAAACACGUGCCGAGGGCUGUUUUCGUCGAUCUCGAGCCCACAGUAGUAGACGAGGUUCGGACCGGGACUUACAGGCAACUAUUCCACCCUCAACAACUCAUAACCGGCAAAGAGGAUGCAGCUAAUAAUUACGCUCGUGGGCAUUACACGAUUGGGAAGGAGAUAGUCGAUCUGACGUUAGAUCGAAUACGAAGAAUCGCUGAACAAUGCCGCGGCCUUCAGGGCUUUUUAAUAUUUCACUCGUUCGGCGGUGGUACCGGUUCCGGUUUCUCGAGUCUACUCAUGGAAAGGCUUUCCGUCGAAUAUCCGAAACGCAGCAAACUUACCUUCAGCAUUUAUCCGGCUCCUCAGGUGUCAACCGCAGUGGUCGAGCCCUACAAUGCCAUACUGUACACGCAUCCUACCCUUGAACAUUGCGAGGUCGCUUUCAUAGUCGACAAUCAAGCGAUUUACGAACUUUGUAGACGCAAUUUGUCGAUCGAAAGACCAACCUACACCAACCUGAAUCGACUGAUAGGACAAAUUGUGUCAUCAAUCACAGCGAGCCUGCGCUUCGACGGUGCCCUUAACGUAGAUCUCACCGAAUUCCAAACGAACCUUGUACCCUACCCGAGAAUACAUUUUCCUCUGGCAACUUACGCGCCAGUAAUGUCAGCUGAGAAGGCAGGCCACGAGAGAAUGACCGUUGCCGAAAUAACCAGUUCGUGUUUCGAGCCAAAUCAUCAAAUGGUGAAUUGCGAUCCGCGAAGAGGAAAAUACAUGGCAGUUUGCAUGCUCUACAGAGGGGACGUUGUGCCGAAGGAUGUCAACGCUGCAAUAGCAAUGAUCAAGGGACAGAAGCACGUGGAAUUUGUCGAGUGGUGUCCGACUGGUUUUAAAGUUGGAAUAAAUUAUCAACCACCAACGGUCGUGCCAGGUGGGGAUCUCGCCAAAGUCGAACGAGCGGUUUGCUGUUUGUGCAAUACGACGGCCAUCGUAGACGCGUGGGCGCGAAUCGACCACAAAUUCGAUUUGAUGUACUCGAAACGAGCCUUCGUUCACUGGUACGUGGGGGAAGGGAUGGAAGAGGGUGAAUUUUCGGAAGCAAGAGAAGAUUUAGCUGCCCUCGAGCUCGAUUAUCGCGAGGUUCAAGAAGACGCUACAGUCACCGAAGACGACGACGAAAAUUGAACACAAAUUAGCAAUUCUCCUUCUGAUCAAACGAAACAAAAUCAACAAAAAAAAAAAAAAAAACAAUAAAAAAUCGUGAGUGAAAUAGAAGAAAAAUUUAUUAGGAUUACGAACGCUCAAAAUGGUCAGAUAAAAAUCUCUUGCUGUCCUUCCUCGCUGCCCAAUAACCGGCAUAGUAUUAAACUAUCUUUUCAAUACUUGGCGUCAAGACACUGCUGCGUCUCUACAACAUCGAAGUUCGAAUAAAUUAUACUGUAAUUAC